GGUGUGCCACGGUACCGAGUGGCUGAUGGAACGAGCUGCCUCCACAUUCUGUCACGUGUUUGUUUGUGAUUUCAUUAUUGCCAGAUCUCCUGAGAAUUACUAACUUGAAAAUACACUUCACCAAGCUGCACACUCUUGGAGACAACCUGCUGGACAGGCGGAUGGAGGUCCUGCAGAAAUAUUAUUAUGCUUUGUUUGAGUUGGUGGUCCGUGGCAGCUGCUUCUGCUAUGGCCAUGCUUCAGAGUGCUCACCUGUGGCUGGGGUUCAAGCAGGAGUGCCUGGAAUGAUUCAUGGAAGGUGUACCUGUAAGCACAACACCAAAGGGUUAAACUGCGAGCAGUGCAAGAACUUCUACCACGAGUUGCCAUGGAGACCAGCGGAGGUGGAUAACCCACACGCUUGCAAAGGUUCGACAGAUUCCCAAUUCCUCUCUCCUUCUCAAAGAACAGCUUUCUCUUCACUUUCUGGUCUCCACAUCUCGACCUGAAGUCGUUCCUCCUGUUUAAA